AUGGCAAAGGAAGCCCGUGAGAGUGAGGGAAAGAAGCUGAAAAACAAUGGUAUGAAUUCAUAUUUGGAAAAAGCUGGGGGAGGUGAUGCUGAUGAAGAUGCCAAUUCUAGUAUAAGAAGUGGAAUCCAAGAAGAGGUUGAUGCACGGUUGCUUAAGUUGCAGAAGAGGUUGAAUGCUACACGGGAGAAGUCCCCUUUACCGUUAGUUAGUCAUUUGAACAAGUUUUUCAAGAUUGAAAACAGGGUGAAUGGGAAUCAUUCAGAUGUAGCAGAGUUAAAUAGAACAUUGAUGUUUAAGAAAAAGAAGAAAUUUCGAAAUGCUCCCUCUAUGCCAAGAAAUGAUCCAAAAUGGUUUCAGCCUUUAGAAAAUAGUGAUAUAUCCAAGGAGAAAAAAAGUAUUUCAUCCAUUGUAGAUAGGAUAGUGGACCUGCCUGCUGGCAAUUCACAACAAAAUGAUUCCUCAUCUUUGGAGGAGGAUUGUGGAAGAAAUGCACUUAGUAAAGAAUCAAGCUUAUUACAAAAUCAUGGAAAGAAGUUGGAGAAAGGAAUAGAGGGAAAGAAAAUUGGAGGCAUUGUGAAUCUUGAGUUUGGGACUGAGGUGAAAGAGUUAUCGUCUAGUUUUCCUGGUUCUCUUACUAUCGAGCCAAUACUUAAGAGAGGUUCUAACCAUGAAGGACAAAGUGGACUAUACACCUUAAAGACCAGUUCUCAUGAAUCAGACCCAAUUGACUCAUCUUGCCCUGUUGCUUUUGAGGACCGUGAACUUCAUGAGGCAGUGGAUCCAACGUUUUUCAGCUUUUUGCUUCAGCCUUCGAGUGCUGAUUUAGAUCCACAGUACACUGGAAUUCAUCAUCUUUUUCUCUACCGGAAGGCCAAGUCUGGUGUUCAUCGCUGGAAGGAUUGGAGAUGCAAUGGAAAAGGCUAUGUUGCUUAUUGGAAUUACAUUCGCAGGCCAAGGAAUUGGGAAAAGUUUCUUGGAAUAGGCCCUAGACCAAACACUUUCAGUUCUUCAGAGUUACAAACCGCAACAGAAGACUUCAAUCCUGCAAAUAAGCUAGGGGAGGGUGGAUUUUGGCCUGUGUACAAGGGCGCUCUUAAUGAUUGGAGGGUAGUAGCUGUAAAGCAACUUUCAGUAGCAUCUCAACAAGGGAAGAGUCAAUUUGUGGCAGCGAUUGCUGCCAUAUCUGCAGUGCAGCACCGCAACCUUGUGAAGUUGUAUGGGUGCUAUAUUGAAGGAAAUAGACGGCUCCUUGUUUACGAACAUCUUGAAAACAAGAGCUUAGAUCAGGCUCUCUUUGGCAAAAAUGAUUUGUAUCUUGAUUGGUCAAUCCGCUUCAAUAUAUGCUUAGGAACAGCUAGAGGGUUGGCUUAUCUUCAUGAAGACUCAAGGCCAAGGACUGUACACAGGGAUGUUAAGGCUAGUAACAUUCUCCUUGAUGCAAAGCUCUGCCCAAAAAUAUCAGAUUUUGGACUGGCAAAGCUGUAUGAUGACAAGAAAACACACAUCAGCAGCCGAGUUGCAGGCACAAUUGGCUACCUAGCACCAGCGUAUGCAAUGCGAGGGCAUCUGACAGAAAAAGCUGAUGCCUUUGGAUUCGGUGUUGUUGCUCUAGAGAUCCUCAGUGGGAGGCCAAACUCUGAUAACAGCUUGGAUACUGAAAAAAUAUAUGGAAUGGGCAUGGACUCUACAUGAAAAUAACCGAAGCUUGGAGCUGGAUCCAACAUUGACAGCAUUUGAUGAAACCGAAGCCAGUCGAAUCAUAGGAGUGGCUCUCUUGUGCACCCAGGCAUCACCAAUGCUGCGGCCAACAAUGUCACGUGUUGCAGCAAUGAUUGCAGGAGACAUUGAUGUAGGCAUAGUUACAGCAAAACCCAGUUACAUAACAAACAGAUUUUUGAACGAAGAUAGUGAGGCAUCCAUAGCAUCUAAGAGCCAGAAGCAUGAUAAUACAACUGAUCAGAUUCCUUCCCCUGUUAAUCCCAAUGAAUCAAUGCUCCAUGAGAUCACUGGAGAAGGAAGGUGAUUUGGUUCCGCCACUGCGGUAACAUUGUACCACUGUCAUUGCAGCUCCAUUAAUCUUCUUAUAAGGUUCCUUUCUUCUAUCAGUACUUGGUACUUCUUGUUUUGCAGACAGUGACAUGUACAUAGAGUGAGAUACCAGAGAGAGUGUUGGACGCAUUUUCCAGUUCCUGACAACUGCAGGAUUUUAAUGUUCGAACACCAUCAUACUUGAAUGUAUUAUAUGCCAAUUUCAUAUUA